GUUCUAGAUUUCUAUAUUCUUACAUCAGAGAUCAUGGGACUUAUUUGCUCUGUGAUGUUUACAGAUGACAGCCAUAAAUUCCUGGGCCUCAGACUCGUGAUCCUCCUGACAUCCUCUUAGCCGCGUGUGUCACCACAACUGGCCUUUUUAUCAAGAGAAAAACCAGAGUCUAAAGAAGCGCUACAUAAAUCAUGGAUAAGCACAAUAUGGAAACAAAUACUCUUCACUCAGAAUCCAAUGUGCCACCCGGAUAUCCCCCUCAGUACACACCAGGAGCAUUCCAGGGACCUCCAGGAUACACUGGCUACCCAGGGCCCCAGGGUGCCUAUCCAGGGCCCCAGCCUGGCUACCCAGUCCCACAAGCUAGUUAUGCAGGUGCUGGUCCAGCUGGCUUUCCUGUCCAAGGUCAGCCAGUGUAUAACCAGCCAGUGGGGCCUGUAGGGAUAGCAUGGAUGCCAGCGCCACCACCUCCACUAAACUGCCCACCUGGAUUGGAAUACCUAAGUCAGAUAGACCAGAUUCUGGUUCAUCAGCAAAUUGAGCUGCUGGAAGUUUUAACAGGCUUUGAAACUAACAACAAAUAUGAAAUUAAGAACAGCCUUGGACAGAGGGUUUACUUUGCAGUAGAAGAUACUGACUGCUGCACCCGAAAUUGUUGUGGAGCAUCCAGACCUUUUACUUUGAGGAUUCUUGAUAAUUUGGGGCAAGAAGUCGUAACUAUGGAGAGACCACUGAGAUGUAGCAGCUGUUGCUUCCCCUGCUGCCUUCAGGAGAUAGAAAUCCAAGCUCCACCUGGUAUCCCAAUAGGCUAUGUUAUUCAGACCUGGCACCCAUGCCUGCCUAAGUUUACAGUUCAGAAUGAGAAGAGAGAGGACGUUCUGAAAAUAGCUGGUCCGUGUGUUGUGUGCAGCUGUUGUGAAGAUAUUAAUUUUGAGAUUAAAUCUCUUGAUGAAGAGGUUGUAGUUGGCAGGAUUUCCAAGCACUGGUCUGGGUUUGUGAGAGAGGCCUUCACGGACGCGGACAAUUUUGGGAUCCAGUUUCCAUUAGACCUUGAUGUGAAAAUGAAAGCUGUGAUGCUUGGCGCUUGUUUCCUUAUUGAUUUCAUGUUUUUUGAACACACUGGUGACCAGAAACAAAGAUCAGGAGUUUGGUAGUUGAUGGAUGACACUCUUCAGAAAACUUAAGGACUGCAUACUGAUUAAGAUUAUUUAAAAGGAAGACCUAAUGGCUUUCUUUUCUUUACUGAAAUUCUUCAAACCUGUGAUGUCUAUAGCUCCACUUGCAUGGUUUUGCUUUCAAAUAAGAGUUUAUUUUC